AUGGCGGCGCAGUUGGUGGCAGCGGCGGGCACCGCGGUGGCCAGGCCGCUGGCCGGCGGAUCUGGGCCCGACGCGCCUCGUGGCGGGGCGAGGAUGCCAAGGGAGAGGUGGAGCGGCGCUGUGGCCGCGAGGGGACGCCGCGAGUCCCAGGCGGUAUCCGUCAUAAGCCGCGCCCCGCGCCCCGAGGCCGUGGUGCUGCCGGUGUCGCCCGACGACGACGCGGCCGUAAAGGAGGAAGCAAACUUCCAGCACCUUAAGGCUAUCCAGCAGCUUGCAACUGCAGCAAAUGGUGUGUGGUCUAAACCAAAUGUAAGGCGCAAGACAAAGAUCGUGUGUACAAUCGGCCCUUCAACUAACACAAGGGAGAUGAUAUGGAAACUCGCUGAGGCUGGCAUGAAUGUGGCUCGGCUUAAUAUGUCACAUGGAGACCAUGCAUCACACCAGAAUGUUAUUGAUCUGGUGAAGGAGUAUAAUGCAUCACAUGCUGACAAUGUGAUUGCUAUCAUGCUUGACACAAAGGGACCAGAAGUUCGAAGUGGAGAUUUGCCUCAACCGAUAUUUCUGGAAAUCGGGCAAGAAUUCACUUUUACAAUCAAAAGGGGAGUUGGGACUGAUACAUGUGUUAGCGUUAACUAUGAUGACUUUGUUAAUGAUGUUGAAGUUGGCGACAUGCUCCUUGUAGAUGGAGGGUGUACAACGUUACUGAGGAAUGAUGUCAUUCUUGGUCAAAUCAAAACUGAAGAUUCUGUGAAAUGUGAAGUUAUUGACGGUGGUGAAUUGAAAUCUAGGCGCCAUCUGAAUGUUCGUGGAAAGAGUGCAACCUUGCCAUCAAUAACUGACAAGGAUUGGGACGACAUUAAGUUUGGUGUGGAUAAUCAGGUCGAUUACUAUGCUGUUUCUUUUUUUGUGAAAGAUGCUCAAGUUGUCCAUGAACUCAAGGAUUAUCUAAGAAGUUGCAAUGCUGACAUACAUGUAAUUGUAAAAUCGAAAAGUGCAGACUCCAUCCCAAACCUACAUUCAAUCAUCACAGCAUCUGACGGGGCUAUGGUUGCCAGGGGUGACCUUGGAGCUGAACUGCCCAUCGAGGAGGUGCCGCUGUUGCAGGAAGAAAUUAUUAGAAUGUGCAGGAGCAUGGGGAAGGCUGUUAUUGUCGCUACAAAUAUGCUGGAAAGUAUGAUUGUUCAUCCAACUCCAACCCGAGCAGAAGUUUCAGACAUUGCUAUAGCUGUCCGAGAGGGUGCUGAUGCAGUCAUGCUUUCUGGAGAAACUGCACAUGGGAACGGCCUCGCAGGCUCUUCCAAUGGCAUGGAACUGCCCCAGACCAUCAUCCUAAAGCUCUCAGAUUCUGGCAAUCGAGCUGUUAAGGUCAUGCACACUGUUGCCCUGAGAACUGAGGCAACUAUUCCUGGUGGGGAAUCACCUGCAGACCUUGGUCAGGCUUUCAAGAACCACAUGAGCGAAAUGUUCGCGUACCAUGCAACAAUGAUGUCAAAUACCCUUCGAACAUCAAUAGUGGUUUUCACCAGGACAGGAUUUAUGGCUAUACUGCUUAGUCACUACCGUCCAUCCGGCACUAUUUUUGCCUUCACAGAUGAGGAGAGAGUUAGGCAACGAUUAGCUUUGUACCAAGGUGUAUGUCCAAUUGAAAUGGAAUUUUCCGAUGAUGCUGAGAAGACAUUUGGCAACGCUUUGUCUUAUUUGCUGAAACAUGGUAUGGUUAAGGAUGGUGAGGAGGUUGCACUCGUUCAAAGUGGUAAUCAGCCCAUCUGGAGAUCACAAUCAACACACAACAUUCAG